GCGCAAAAUCACCAACCUGCUUUACAUCCGGAAGCUUGACGUCACUUCCUGCGUGUACAGAGGCCGAAGUUGCCGCUUCGAUAUCCCUAGAAGACAAGAUGAGUGAUAACGGAGAGCAAAAUUAUGCCGAGCGGGAAUCAAGAUCCGCUUCAAGGAGUGGAAGUGCGCGCCAGUCUGGCAAGUCUGCAAGUCAGUCCCCAAAUCACUCCGCUGCCCGAUCUCGUUCAAAAGAAGGAUCCAGGCAUUCCAGAUCCAAAUCCAAAUCCAAGUCUAGAUCCAGAUCCAAGUCAAGGUCUAGAUCAAGAAGAAGUUCUCGUAGACAUUAUACAAGGUCACGCACUCGCUCUAGGUCUAGGAAAAGAUCAAGGAGCCGGUCGCACAGUAGAGAAUAUAGAAGGCGUCACAGCAAUAGUCACUCUCCUGGGUCUGGUCGGAGAAGGCAUCUUGGAAACAGGGCAAAUCCAGAUCCCAACUGCUGCCUGGGAGUGUUUGGUUUGAGUCUAUAUACUACGGAACGUGAUCUAAGAGAAGUGUUUUCUAAGUACGGCCCACUUAGUGAUGUUUCCAUAGUGUAUGACCAGCAGUCAAGACGUUCAAGAGGAUUCUCCUUUGUAUAUUUUGAAAAUGUUGAUGAUGCAAAGGAGGCAAAAGAACGUGCUAAUGGCAUGGAACUUGAUGGAAGACGAAUACGUGUUGAUUUCUCAAUAACAAAACGGCCCCAUACACCUACACCAGGAAUAUACAUGGGAAGACCAACAUAUGGCAGUUCACGGCGCAGAGAUCAUUACGAUCGGGGAUAUGACAGAGGUGGAUAUGAUGACAGAGAGUACUACGGCAGAUCCUACAGAGGGGGCGGAGGUGGAGGUGGAGGAUGGCGUGGAGGACAAGACAGAGACCAGUUUUCUAGAAGGCGGUCUCCAUCACCAUACUAUAGCCGUGGUGGCUACAGAUCUCGCUCCAGGUCACGAUCAUACUCUCCACGUCGCUAUUGAAAGCCGGUGACCUGAUCACUUCUAUGACGUGUUUUGGUAAACUCUACAACUUGUAGGCUUUUUGUGCCGCCUUGAGGAUAUAAUUGCAUGUGUUUUUAUAGUCUGACUUGUGACUGCGACAAAUGUUUAUAUAGCUCCUGCUAUUUCUGUUAUUUUUGAAUUCUUUACACCUUUAAUAUCUGAGCUGAACAAGCAAAAAUAAAGGAAACUUCGAUUUU